AUGGUCCUCCGGGACAGAGCGCAUGACGUGGACCGCGGCUGGGCCUGGCUUGUCAUGGCUUCGGCAAUCCUUGCUGAAAUCAUCAUUGCCGUGUUGGUGUACAGCUUAGGCGUCAUACAGAUCGUCCUGCUAGACACGUUCGACGAAGGACUGGUGAAGACAUCCUGGGUUCUCAGUAUAACAACUUCUCUAGUCAAUUUAACAGGCCUUGGCUCUGGUAUGGUAUUUGCACCUUCUGUGGUGAUAAUAGGGUUUUACUUUGACAAGUACUUAAACGUGGCCAUCGCCCUGGUCAUGACUGGAGGAGGAAUCGGUAUGCUAGUUGGUGCCCCGCUGCUUGGAUUCUUCGAGAACGUUUUCGGCUGGCGUGGAAUGUUCCUGAUGUUAGCUGGGAUCAGCGCCAAUCUGUUCGUGUCUGCCAUGAUUAUUCAUCCGAACAGCGUGGAAAGAUCCCAUUGGGGGAAUCGUGCUGAUCAUUCCGACCACCCAGGAGCCGUCACGGAGAAACCUCUGGAUGACCCCCCUUCUGGUCCGGAGUCUCACUGGAAGAAGACGAUUAAAACUUCUCUGAAAGUCGUCCUCAGCCUGCCCAUGCUUUUGUUUUGCAGCAGCAUUUUCCUGUGGAGUAUAACCGUUUCCUGGGUGAACAUGUAUUUACCCAGCUACGUCAUGUUCAACGGAGCCACCAUGACACAGUCUGCGCUUCUCUUCACAGUCAUGGGCGUCUGUAACAUUGUCUCGCGACUUCUCACUGGAUUUACUGUAGCCUUCGUGGACAAGUUUAUUUUAUAUUGUGCUUCGUUUGCCGUAAUAGCUGUCUUGACAACAGGCUUUCCCUUUGUUUCUCCCUCUUUAACGUUGUCCAUGGCAUUUGCUGGUCUAAUGGGACUCUUUACCGGAGGACCUUACGUAGUGCUAACGCCAAUGACGAAAGACUUAGCAGGACUGGCGCACCUUGCUACAGCCUUCGGCGUCGAGAUGAUGGUAUCGGGAACUGGCUACUUGAUAGGACCGCCCGUGGCAGCUCUCUUGACGGAGUCUUCAGGGUCUUACCUAUACAGCUUUGUGUUUGCAGGUAUCUCCUGUGCAUGUAGCGCAGUCCUGGGUUUCGUUCUCAUCAAGUUCAAGCAGCCCAGGAACGUCGCGGAGUUAGACAUUUACGACCCGGAGUGUAAAAGCCCUCGCCAUUCGCGGCCCAGCAGUGUGCUGUACGCGAGCCAGUUGUCUACACCAGGAGUUCCGUCCCCUUACCUCGAAAUCCGACCGAGAACUGUCGAACUGCUGGUUCCCAGCGCUGAUUAA